CCUUGCCUUCCUCGCUCUGCAUACUCUUCCUCCACUAAUUGCGCCUCCUGCCAGGCCAUUGGCUGGAGGGCUGCGAGGGAUUUGCAUAAGCCUGCCCCUCCCCUCCUCCCCUCCCCUCCUGGGUCCCCGCAGUUGGGAUGCGCCGCCGAGGGAAGGAGGCUGGGGGGCUCCCCGCCAAAGAGGAGGAGAAGCAGCAGCAGCAGCAGCAGCAGAGGCACCCACCGCCGGCGAUGGGGCAACCACCCGGCCCUGGGACCACCAUCGCCAAGCAGAGGAACCUCCCGAACCUACUCAUUUUCCUGCUCUUCCUUGGACCUUUCAACUGCUUUGCAAGCUACAGUCGUGCCACUGAACUUUUCUACAGCAUCCAUGAAGGGCUACCUGCCGGGUUCCUCAUCGGGAAUCUAGCCCAGGAUUUACACUUACAGGGGGCAGCGGACAAAGAAGGAGCUAGAGCUGUGGAGGAAGGGUGGCAGCAGCCUGAGCAAUGGGGGAAAGUCCCUCUGUCUUUCAAUCUGGCAUCUCAGGGCUUGGGAAGCCAAUAUGUCAACCUGAACAACCGGACAGGCGAACUGUACACCUCUGGCCAAGAAAUUGACCGGGAAGCACUAUGCACAGAGGACAAUGUGGGCUCUAGUGUGGUUGCCUCAUCCUCUUCACCAGCGCUCUCUUCUGAGUCGUGUUUGUUGUUGCUGGAUGUUCUGGUCUUGCCUCAGGAGUAUUUCCGCCUUGUCAAGGUGAAGAUUGCCAUCCAUGAUGUUAAUGACAAUGCACCAUGUUUUCCCAUGCCACAGAUACACCUCUUUGUGCCUGAGAAUUCACCUGUCAACACGCGUUUGGCUAUAGAACACCCAGCUGUAGAUCCAGACAUGGGUACUAAUGGGGUCCAGAUAUACCAACUGCAAGAUGACUUUGGGGUUUUUACGUUGGAUGUGGAGGAGAAUGAAAGUGGGGAAAGAACGCCUUAUCUGAUUGUCAUGGGUGCCUUGGACAGGGAGGCCAGAGAUGAAUAUAUUACACUCAUAACAGCAGAGGAUGGAGGAGUUCCACCACUGGUUGGCACUGCCACCCUCACCAUUGGCAUCAGUGAUAUCAAUGACAACUGUCCCCAGUUCAAUGAGACCCAGAUAAAUGUUACUGUCUUUGGGAACUCUAGCAUUGGGUUGCACAUAGCAUCUGUCCAUGCUGUAGAUGUGGAUGAAGGCAUCAAUGCAGAGAUCACCUAUUCUUAUAGCCAGAAGGUGGCACAGUCAUCCCGCACAUUGUUCCACCUUGACGAAAGUACAGGCAUUAUCAAGCUUGCCAAGAGGAUUAAUGGGGACACUCCCCGUUUCCAUCGGUUGAGUGUCUUGGCAAAUGGUCCUGGUUGUAUCCCAGCUGUUAUCACCGUGCUAGUAUCUAUCAUUAAAGUCAUGAUGAGACCUCCUGAAGUGAUCCCUCGCUUCAUAGCUAAUGAAGCAGAAGGGGUAGUUUACCUAAGGGAGUUAGAACCCGUUAACACACCGAUUGCGUUUUUUACCAUUAAGGAUCCAGAUGAAAAAUACAAAGUGGAUUGCUAUCUGGAUGGUGAUGGUCCAUUCAGGUUGUCGCCAUACAAACCCUACCACAAUGAGUACUUACUGGAAACUACAAAGCCGUUGGAUUAUGAGGCUCAACAGCUCUAUGAAAUAUCAGUGGUUGCGUGGAAUACUGAAGGAUUCCAUGUAAACAAAAUACUUAAAGUACAAGUUCUGGAUGAUAAUGACAACUCGCCUGUUUUCUCUCAACCACUAAUAGAAUUAACAAUAGAGGAAAAUAAUGCUCCCCAUGCUUUUUUGACCAAGUUGUAUGCAACUGAUGCUGACAGUGGGGAAAGGGGCCGAGUGUCUUACUUCCUAGGGCCUGAAGCACCAUCGUAUUUUUCUUUAGAUAAAGUCACAGGAGUCCUAACAGUUUCCACCCAACUGGACAGAGAGGAAAGAGAAAAAUACCGCUAUACUGUUAAAGCAAUAGAUUCAGGAGUGCCACCCCGGGAAUCAAUAGCUACAGUUACAAUUUUAGUCUUGGAUAAGAAUGACAACAGUCCACGGUUUAUCAACAAGGAUUUUAGCUUUUUUGUGCCAGAGAAUUUCCCAGGCUUUGGUGAAAUUGGAGUUAUAAGUGUCACCGAUGCAGAUAUAGGGCAAAAUGGAUGGGUUGCACUUUCCGUUGUAAACGGAAGUGAUAUCUUUGUGAUAGACACUGGCAAAGGAGUGUUAAGAGCUAAGGUCUCUCUAGACAGGGAACAGCAGAGCUCAUACACCAUAUGGGUUGAAGCGGUGGAUGGCGGUGACCCUGCCUUGUCCUCAACUGCAAAAAUAACCAUUCUUUUGCUGGACAUCAAUGACAAUCCACCACUUGUCUUGUUUCCUCAGUCUAACAUGUCUUAUCUCUUAGUCCUUCCUUCUACGCUGCCUGGCUCACCAAUCACAGAGGUCUAUGCAGUGGAUAAUGACACAGGCAUGAAUGCAGUUAUAGCAUACAGCAUCAUAGGAAGAAGAGGUCCCCGUCCAGACUCUUUUAAGAUUGACCCCAAGACAGGCAACAUCACUCUGGAAGAGUCACUCAUGCAGAAUGACUAUGGCCUUUAUCGGCUUCUUGUUAAAGUUAGUGAUCAUGGUUACCCAGAACCUCUCCAUUCCACAGUCAUGGUGAACCUCUUUGUCAAUGACACUGUGAGCAACGAAAGCUACAUUGAAAGCCUGCUGAGGAAAGAGCCUGACAUUAAUAUUGAGGAAAAAGAACCGCAAAUCUCCAUAGAACCCACACACAAAAGAGUGGAAGCGGCAUCUUGCAUGCCUACCUUAGUGGCCCUGUCAAUAAUAAGUUUGGGUUCAAUAACACUGGUAACUGGAAUGGGUAUUCAUAUCUGCCUAAGGAAAGGGAGAAAAUACCACACAGGAGAUGAAAAUUUGGAAGUACAGAUCCCAUUGAAUGCAAGAAUUGAUCUGCACAUGCUGGAGAAGAAACCAGUAGAAAUUUCCAACAUCUGAUGGUUUCACAAAGACAGUCUCAACCAAAUUCUGAAAGAUGAUUAAGUUCCCAAGUGGGAUAUUGCCAGCAGGACUUACAGUGAAGGACAACUGAUUUAUAACUUAUUAUAAUUGUAAAUAGCUGUUUACAGAUUUUUUUUAGAAAAAAAAGAAAAGAAAGGAAAAAAAUAUUAAAUGUACAGCCUUUUUAAAAAAAAUGAAACCAUAGUGCUAAAAGCUAGUAAUCUGUCUGUGCAGACAUGGCCCUCAAAAGACCCCAUCCAUAGAUCAAGUCAGUAUUCAUAAAGUGAAAAGGUAAGACAGACACAUUCGUUGUCACAUUCUUCAAUCCUCACAAUCAUGUUUGACCACAGGAGGGCAUCAUCAACCAUUCCUAUAAAUGGGACUGUUUAAGAUAAAAUGAAAAGUAUAUUUUAAGAUGUUUGAGGUUUUUUAUAUAAAGAAAGAGGAAAAUAAAAGUAUGGGUUUGAGGUAUAGUAAAUAUAUGUUCUAUUGUAUAUAUGUGAAGAUGACAAGAAAAUAUGCACUGGUAAAUAAAAACAGAAUGUUUUAUUACCUCAGAUGUUAAUAUAUAUAUAUAUAGGAAAGGCAUUAACAAAAAGUGCAAUUUCUUGAGGGUGCACACCAUCCCAUGUGAAAUUGUGAACAGGAAGGAGAUGUUCACUUUUCGCUGAAUAUGGACAAACACUGUCAACAACUUCAGCAGUUUCUUCCUCAUUAUGAAAUAACAGGAUUUCUUGGAAGAAAUUAAAACAUGCCAGUUGGAAUCUAAAUCAGUCCAUGUCUAAAUGAGAUAAGGGGGGAUUUGUGUUGCUGUCAUCUCUGCAUAACAGUAGCUCCUGGAGCCUCAUCAAAGGUGUCUCAACAUUUGCAGGCAUCUUCUCAGGAGGCUUAAGGAGCUAUCACUGGAAUCCUAGACAUGCUGUUUUCCAAAACAUAACAGCCUAUCCCUGUCACACUGAUUUCAGUGGGGCUUUCUUCUACAGGUCAGGGCCAGUGAACCAGACAUUUUGGACUUCAGUUCUUAUAAUCCCUUACUGCUGACCAUGUUGGGUAGGACCCGUGGGAGCAGAAGUCUAAAACCUUUGGAAGGCCAUAUGUUCCUUUUAUAAGUGAAGUUUUGUAGGGCUUAUUGGUAAAACAGAACUAAUGAAGGGGAUAAUGAAAUGCGAGUGAUUUCCAUGAGAACAGAAAGGCCUGAUAAAAUCACUAACUCCAAUCCAGCAAGGCAAGGCAUAUUAAGAAACAGAUUUCCAUAUAUGAAUUUCUCUCCUGGCUGUGAUUCAGAUACAUUUUUUGUUUAAAAAAUGAAACUGUGUUUUGUUCAUCACUCAUAAUCCACCAGAUUGAUGGUCUCUUUCCCACCCUAUAUAUCUUACAGAACUGGUAGUGCUUAAAAUCUAUUGAGGAUGGUGGGAGAGUUUUUUCAUGUACAGGAAACUUUGGACUGGGCCCCAUGAUCAGCCUCCCUCCAUUGCAGUAUAUUGCAGCUGCAUCCACUGAGAGACAUUCAUCAUCUCAGACAUACUUCUGUCUAUCUAACUGUCUGACUAUCUGUCCAUCUCUGCUGACUGGUGACUUCCAUGUCAAUGAAGUAGUGAAUCCAGCCUGAACUUUAGUCUAAAAACUGAAGAAAAUACACAUGGUGCUCAAUCCUAUCCCCAAAAUAUGUUCAGCACCAUGGAUAGUUCCUUUAAAGUUUUGGGUAAAACUCGGAGUCGAUUCAC